UGGAAAGGUAGUUAGUGUUUUUCUCAAAGCGGUCACUUGCAUGUGAAAACAUAGAAUCCUACUCAUUAUGCCACAUGCUUAAUUACUUAACUUUAGGUUUGAGGCGACUACGCCGUGGGCUUUAAACGGCGAACCUGGCUCACGUCCGGGAGGAAGGCCGGUUCCAAAACGAAUGCAAUCAACUUUCACCCAGGGCAAAACACGUCAAGGCGCCCGGGCCAGGUGAAUCGAAUUCCCUAACUGACAAGCGCACAAGUUCAUGCUGCGUAUGUGGAGCCAGAGUUUUUAUAGGCAUCAUCGUGUAAACCAGUGGUUCCCAACCGUUGGUACCCCUAAAGUACCCCGUCAUGUAGUUUUUACCAGUAGGCCUAUGGUCUCAUGAGUCUUCUCAAGUACCCACUGUGGGUAGGCCAAGUACCCUUGGUUGGGAACCAUUGAUGUAAACUGUCAAGUGCACGUCUCUGGUCAUAUGACAUUGUGGGCAGUGGAAAUGUUACAUAAUGAGCAAUAUUUUAUAUUCACAGAUUUGUGUACAGUAUGUGCCGUUGUCUAUAAAAUAAAUGAAAUGUCCAUGAUGGCCCUGGAAAGUAGGUUAUCAUGGUUAUUAAUUUGAUAUAAAGGCAUUGUUACUAUAUAGAAGAAUGCAGAGUAAUUACUUAUGGUAAGAGCAAUUUUGAUGUGUUCCCGGAAUUUGUUUCAUGCCAUUCCCAUAAAUUCUAUGAAAACCUAAAGAUAUGCAUUCUGUAUUUUGAGUGAUAGUCGAAAAAUGUUGACACAUUUCUCAUGGCACAUACGCCACCUUGUGGUAAAGGUUUACACUAGCGCCCCUGAGUGGAAUAUGUCGCGAGAAACGAUAUCCGAUGAUGGGCGGAUUACCCAGACCUUCAGUUGAACACAAUUAUUACAAUGCAAAUAAUUGGUCUACUCCUGAAAUAAUAAUUAAAUACUUACAAAAAUAAGAAUAUUAAUGUAUUCCAUUUAAAAUGUUAACCGUACUGAUUGUGACACCCCGGAAUCCCCUUGAUGUGCAAAUGCUAAUGUAGAGUGCACACGUAGUUUAGCUUCGCUAUUGGUGGAAAGUUUCCCGGGACUAAAACGUCACACCCACAAUUUCGCGCCAAAUUCAUUGCAGUAGCACUACGUAGUAGGACCUGUGAUCAUUCAGAAUGUCUUCACCAACAUCAACUCCCGGUAGACGCAAGCGCAACAGGGAUGACAUUCCAGCCACUCCUGGCAGUGAUGGCCUGGUCUCCCCUCCUUCCCAGCGGAGGAGACGUCAGGACUCCUCCAACGGGGAUCUGCCGGCCAUGCCCACAUCUCCAGCCACAGACAUUGCCAGCCCUGCUGUCCAUGACACCUCUCUGUUCUCCAGCCCACGCCGCUCAGUUCUCCCCAGUGAGGUGGACAUGAGCUCCCCUCUGAUGUACGGGACUCCUAGCUCCAGGGUGGAGGGCACCCCCCGUAGUGGUGUGCGUGGCACCCCAGCCAGACAGCGCCCUGACCUGGGCUCCAUCAGGAAGGCCCCCCAGGUGGACCUUCACUCUGAGCCGCCAAGUGCAGAUGGUGCAGUAGCCAGUGAGCAGGCAGUGGGUCAGAAGCUUGUUAUCUGGGGCACUGAUGUCAACGUGGGAACGUGCAAGGAGAAGUUCCAGAGAUUCCUGCAGAGGUUCAUUGACCCGACUUCCAACGAGGAUGAGAAUGCUGGUUUGGACCUGAACGAGCCUCUCUACAUGCAGAAGCUGGAGGAGAUCAGUGUGGUUGGUGAGCCUGUGCUGAACGUCAACUGCGGCCAUGUGCAGUCCUUUGACGCAGACCUGUACAGGCAGCUCAUCUCCUACCCCCAGGAAGUCAUCCCCACAUUUGACAUGGCUGUCAAUGAGCUGUUCUUUGAGCGUUUCCCAGACUCCAUCUUGGAGCACCAGAUCCAGGUGCGGCCGUACAACGCCCUGAAGACUAGGAACAUGAGGAGCCUGAACCCUGAAGACAUUGACCAAAUGAUCACCAUCAGCGGCAUGGUGAUCAGGACCUCCCAGCUGAUCCCAGAGAUGCAGGAGGCCUUCUUCCAGUGCCAGGUUUGUGCCUUUUCUACCCGUGUGGAGGUGGACCGCGGCCGCAUUGCAGAGCCCGCCGUGUGCCGCAACUGCAACACCACCCACAGUCUGGCCCUCAUCCACAACCGCUCAGCCUUCUCCGACAAACAGAUGAUCAAAGUGCAGGAGUCUCCUGAUGACAUGCCUGCUGGGCAGACCCCUCACACCACCAUAGUGUAUGCUCACAACGACCUGGUCGACAAAGUACAGCCAGGAGACCGCAUCAACAUCACUGGUAUCUAUAGAGCGGUUCCUAUGCGUGAGAACCCUCGCCAGAGCAACGUGAAGUCUGUGUACAAGACCCACAUCGAUGUCAUCCAUUUCCGCAAGACUGAUGAGAAGCGCCUUCACGGGCUGGAUGAGGAUUCAGACCAGAAGCUUUUCACUGAAGAGCGCGUCCAGACACUGAAGGAGCUGGCCUCCAAACCAGAUGUAUACGAUCGUCUCUCCUCCGCCCUGGCCCCCAGCAUCUAUGAACACGAGGACAUCAAGAAGGGUAUUCUUCUCCAGCUAUUCGGGGGCACCCGUAAAGACUUCAGCCAGACAGGCCGCGGUAACUUCCGUGCCGAGGUAAACAUCCUGCUCUGUGGAGACCCCGGCACCUCCAAGUCCCAGCUGCUGCAGUACGUGUUCAAUCUGGUGCCCCGCGGUCAGUACACGUCUGGGAAGGGCUCCAGCGCCGUGGGCCUCACAGCCUAUGUGAUGAAGGACCCAGAGACCAAGCAGCUAGUGCUGCAGACGGGGGCCCUGGUGCUCAGUGAUAACGGGAUAUGUUGUAUUGAUGAGUUUGACAAGAUGAGCGACAGCACGCGCUCUGUGCUGCAUGAGGUCAUGGAGCAGCAGACUCUCUCCAUCGCCAAGGCAGGAAUCAUUUGCCAGCUCAAUGCACGCACCUCCGUCCUGGCAGCAGCCAAUCCUGUGGAGUCUCAGUGGAACCCCAAGAAGACGACCAUUGAGAACAUCCAGCUCCCUCACACACUGCUCUCAAGAUUUGAUCUGAUCUUCCUGAUGCUGGAUCCUCAAGACGAGGCUUAUGACCGUCGCCUGGCUCACCACCUGGUAGCGCUCUACUACCAGAGCGAGGAGCAGAUUGAAGAAGAGUUCCUGGACAUGGCUGUGCUGAAGGACUACAUUGCAUACGCUCGCACUUACAUCAUCCCCAGACUUAACGAAGAAGCCAGCCAGGCACUCAUUGAGGCCUACGUGGACAUGAGGAAGAUUGGCAGCGGGCGGGGGAUGGUGUCUGCCUACCCCAGGCAGCUGGAGUCUCUGAUCCGCCUGGCUGAGGCCCAUGCCAAGGUGCGCUUCUCUGACAAGGUGGAGACCAUCGAUGUGGAGGAGGCCAAGAGACUGCAUCGCGAAGCCCUCAAGCAGUCCGCUACAGACCCCAGGACUGGCUUUGUCGACAUCUCCAUCCUCACAACCGGAAUGAGUGCCACGGCCCGUAAGCGUAAGGAGGAAUUGACCCAGGCCUUGAAGAAAAUGAUCCAGUCCAAGGGAAAGUCCCCUGCCAUGAAGUACCAGCAGCUGUUUGAUGACCUCCGAGGACAGUCUGAAGCUGCAAUAACAAAGGACAUGUUUGAAGAGGCUCUGCGAGCCCUGGCAGAUGAAGACUAUCUGACUGUCACUGGAAAGACUGUUCGCCUGCUGUAAAGACCAGCAGCUUUCUCUCUACAGAAUACUGAUCUGUGAAGAAUGUUUGACCACAUUGAUGUUAAUGACUCAGUCAGGACUAACAUUGUAUGCUUCAUGAUUACUGAUAGUGCUUGGUGGCUUUGAUGAGCAAUAAAGAAAUGCUUUUGUAUGUCA